GUGAACACAGAGCGGCCGGACUAUGCGUGUAACAGUUUUCUCCCUCCCGACGCAGUCACGACAAUAGGAGCCUUCAGUGUGUGUGCAGGCAUUCUCACUCCAGGUAACGCACACCAGACGCGACCAAUAUACUUGUCAACCACCACGGAUACAGCCGCUGUACUCAUUCUCCUCGGGGAGGGCGUAGCAGUGUGAGUGAAUCUGUUGAGUUGAGGGGGCACGAGCCUAUAGCUCCUUGUUGCAGCAAUGGAUUUCCGGGACGCUAGCAAGGUGAAUGUCAACCGGCGAUGUCUUUAUUUUUUUAUAUUCCUUUUCCUUGCCCUGCCUGUGGUGGUGGGGGUAUUAGUAUGGUAUUUUAUCCCCAAAUGUGACGGGAGUGAUCCUUCAUCGGAAAAGAUUUCUGGGGAUGGGUCCACCACAGCGCCCGUUCCAACUACCCCUGGUUUCUCGGAGACAGAACCCUGGAAGAAUCUCCGUCUACCCCGAUAUAUCGUACCGCUGCAUUACGAUCUCACCCUGUACCCGGAUUUCUAUGGUGAUAACGGGUGGUUUUACGGAAAUGUUACUGUAGAAAUCAAGAUCAACAAAGACACGGACUAUGUGCUUAUUCAUUUUAAUUACCUCAACAUCUCGAAAACUGAACUCCGUGAAAAUGACACGAACAAUCAGAUCGGCAUCAAGAGGACAUUUGCAUAUGCAGAAAACCAGUUCUGGGUCAUUGAAACAGCUGUGACAUUGAGGCAAGGUGCAAGUAUUAAACUGUCCCUACAGUUUGACGGUUCGCUCACCAAAGCAAUUGUUGGCUUCUACAAAAGCAGUUACGUCAACUCUCAAACAGGCCAAACCAGGAAUCUGGCAACGUCCAAGUUCGAGCCGGUCGAUGCGAGGAGAGCCUUCCCCUGUUUUGACGAACCUAAUAUCAAGGCUGCCUACACUAUAACCCUCCUCCAUGAGCCGGACUACACGCCCUUGUCUAACAUGCCGCCCCAGGCUGGCCAGCCGACCAAGGUUCCGUGGUCCCCCACCCUUGUGUCAACGCGAUUCCAGAGAUCCGUCAUGAUGAGCACCUACCUCGUCUGCUUCAUCGUGUGCGACUUCGACUACGUAGAAGACACGACAACUUCAGGAACAAAGAUUCGUGUAUACGCCACCCCCGACAAGAUCAACCAGACUCGCUACUCCCUGCAGAUUGGUAAACACUCAAUGGAGGAAUACGAGAGGCUAUUUAGAUUGCCCUAUCCGUUGCCUAAGCAAGACAUGAUAGCGAUCCCCGACUUUGUGUCUGGAGCCAUGGAGCACUGGGGCCUGAUCACGUACAGAGAGACUAACCUACUAUAUGACCCCAGCAAGGCCUCAUCGGCCAACAAACAGAGGGUUGCUGUGGUAGUGGCCCACGAAAUUGCACAUCAGUGGUUCGGGAACAUCGUGACGAUGGACUGGUGGGAUGACCUGUGGCUCAACGAAGGCUUCGCCAGCUUCAUGGAAUACCUGGGAGUGGACACGUACGAGCAGGACUGGGACAUGAUGUCCCAGUUCGGCAUCGAGGAUCUACAGCCUGUGAUGGUGACGGAUGCUGGGGUGGAGUCGCAUCCGAUUGUCGUCCCAGUGUAUAAGCCCACGGAAAUCAACGCCGUUUUUGACAGCAUCUCAUACAGCAAGGGCGCUGCCGUUAUAGCGAUGUUACAGUCUAUAAUGGGGAAGGACAAAUUCUUCGAGGGAAUCGCACAAUAUUUGAAGAAGUAUGAAUGGGGCAACGCUAAGACAGACGAUUUGUGGCAAUCCCUAGGGGAGGUUCCAGGAGCCCCGGAUGUUAAGCAUAUUAUGGACACGUGGACACGUCAGAUGGGGCUUCCUUACGUCAACGUGACGUUCCAGCCGUCGUCAAGCGGGGGCACGACUGUGAGAGCCGUACAGAAACGUUACCUCUCUGACCCAAAUGCUGUGUAUGAUGUGGACGAGUCGGAGUUCAAGUAUAAAUGGUACAUCUCCCUGAGUUACAUCACCUCGAGUGGAACAACAGGGACCCACAUAAUGGAUAUGACUGACGUUGAAACACUGGAUGUUAACGUCGAUAUGACAGAUGCGUCUCAAUGGAUCAAAUUCAACGUCAACCAGACUGGUUUCUACAGAGUUACCUACCCUGAUGCCAUCUGGAGAAGGUUUGCCACCGUCCUGGCUACAAGCAACCCCUCUAACUUCCCAAUCUCCGUCGCCGACAGAUCUGCCUUCAUUAACGACGCGCUGAAUCUUGCACGUGCGGGCCUCCUAAAUUACGACGUAGCUCUACAUAUGACGACAUACCUCGACAAGGAGACUAAUCACAUCCCCUGGGAGAGCGCUUACACCGGCAUGGCCUAUAUCACCAAGAUGUUCAGGAGCGGGGGCAGCUUUGGCCUGUGGAGGCAAUACGUGUUGGCCAAAGUAAACCCAGCCCUCGCCCGACUAGGAUGGGAAGACACAGGCAACCAUCUCUCUAAGUUAAUGAGAAGAAACCUUAUUGAACUUGCGUGUGGACACGGCGAUGUAGAAUGUCUUGGUAAUGCCACUGCCAAGUUUAGGAACUGGCUAGAUAAUGGCGUGGAGAUAUCUCCCAAUCUUCGUCCUCGUGUCUACAAAUACGGCAUGCGCAGUUCCGGAAGUGCCGCUGAUUGGGACAAGAUGUGGAAGAAGUACCAGACUGAGUCGGUGCCGCAGGAGCGAGUCAACUUCCUGUACGCUUUGGCUCAGACCAGAACAGUGUGGCUGCUCCACAGGUACCUGGACUAUGCAAAGAACGAGAGUAUGGUCCGCCAGCAGGAUUUCUUCUCCGUCAUGAGCUACGUCAACCUCAACCCUGUCGGUAACAGCAUCAUAUGGAACUGGGCCAGAGAAAACUACGAGGAGCUGUUGGGCAGAUUCACCCUGUACUCCCGGUCGUUCGGUAGAAUGAUCCCAAACAUCAUCAAAGAUUUUAACACAGAGUUUAAGCUGACAGAAGUCGAGGCAUUUUUCAAGCAGUACCCUGAAGCUGGUGCCGGCGACAGACCCCGGAAACAGGCCCUGGAAACCAUCAAGAGUAACAUCAACUGGGUGAAGACUCAUCAAGACACCAUCAUCAGCUGGUUGCAAAACAACAUGUAAAACAGGACAAAUUAUUUUUUUACUAUCGACACCAGAGCAUCGGGGUUUGACUUCCCUACAAAAUAAUCCAUCUUGCAUCAAGAAGGUAUGUUAAACCUUUCAUUUGUAAUUGCAGAUUUAGAUAAGGACGAUUGAUUUGACAUCUUGUAUUUAUUACAAAAUAGUAUCGUUUUCCCGUUAUCAUGCAUAUCUUCAUGAUACAAGUUGACAUAAUACAAGUAAAGUCUGUUCUGCUAUCCGUUAAUGCCUCUUUUUCUCCACCCAUUAACCACAAUGUUGACAUCAUAGACAAGUACUUUGGAAUCUUUAAAUGUUUAAAUCUUUUCUGCUAUUUCUUUAACAAAUUGAAACAGGUCAAUCCUUGUUAAUUUCGUGGUUUAUUUUUCAUUUAAAAGUAUUCAUCCCAGAGACGUUGAUAGGAUUCAUGUAGCAUGAUGCAAACAUCUCAAAUAUUGUUCGAUUGCAUUUCUACAUAUAUGUACGCUCUUCCUCUGUAAUUACCAUGUCAUUGUGGAAUUAAAAGGAGACAAUAAAAUAAAAAGACAAAAUAUCCAGGACACAGGAAGUACCGUCUGCCAACAGUUAGGUCACAAUGUCUGGAAUCUUGAUGGUUUUAACAAGAAACCCUAUUUCAUGGUUUUGAAUGAUCGGAUGUCUAUUCAACAAAUUAAUUGCUUUUCAAUGCCUGAGAAUUGAUUCUAUUUUUUUAAUUUAUGCGUUCGUCAGAAUAAUAUACUUCAAUUGAACGUCAUUAUUAGGUGUGGCAUGUUUCAAAGUGUGUGUUAGUUUGUGUUUGUGUUUCUCAUUAGUUUUUGAAAUUAGUUGAUGUUUACAUAAUUUUAAAAAAGUCCCGUUUUGCCGUUGUCAAAUAUUCCGUUCUUGUGCCAUUUGGAAAAGUAAUUUUACCAUUAAUGUCUCAAGUUAUGUUUAUAACAGAAUUUCUUUGUGUUUUUAAUCAACAUAUACCACAUCAUAUCAAUUCAACUAUGCCUAGAUGACUAAAACUAAUUUAAUAUAUUUUGAUAUAAUUCGGACUAAAUUAUAUCUAAUUAUGUCCCUUUACUUAUUGAAAUAUGAACUUUUCCAAGCACGGUAAUUUGCAACUUUAAAAUGGACCUUUCUCUUUGAAUGUUGUGUCCUGUAUUCAUGCUUGUUGUGUCCUGGUGCGUUCAAGUUGUAGUCCAUUCUAAAUACAAACUUAAAAAAACAUAACAUUUAUAGAACAUAUAUUCUUUGUUAGUCUUUUAUUCUCGUCCCGUCUUUUCAGGAAUAAACAGAAAUGUGUUGUUAUGCCCUUUACUCCCAAUCACCCAUACUUUAUAUCAAUAGGAACAUUGUACGUUAAUCCUCCAUGUUGUCUUAUAUUGUUAAUCAAUUUAUCAUUCUUCAUGCAUUGUAAAUAUUCAGAGUGAGUUUUCUUGAAACUGUAUCAUUUUAUACAUUUCAAUAUCCCCUGUAACAGAAUACGAAUAAAUGGCAUAUAUAACUGUG